GGGCCAGCCCUAUGGAAUUGUUUUACAGUAAACGCUGUGGGAAGAGGCUGUUAGCGAGACCCGUCUCUGAACAACAACUUUUUUACGUGAAUUAACAGAAGUGGAGAGGAGAUGGCCAGUUCAGCCCGAGAACACCUGCUUUUUGUGCGACGUCGCAACCCACAGCUCCGGUAUACUCUGAGCCCAGAGAAUCUGCAGAGCUUGGCCUCUCAGGGCACCAUGGCUGAGAACAUGAACUUGCAGCGUGCCAACAGUGACACUGAUUUAGUGACCUCGGAUAGCAGGUCUAGUUUGACAGCCAGUAUGUACGAAUACACCUUGGGACAAUCUCAGAACCUCAUCAUUUUCUGGGAUAUUAAGGAAGAAGUAGACCCAACUGACUGGAUAGGACUUUAUCACAUAGAUGAGAACUCUCCAGCCAAUUUCUGGGAUUCCAAGAAUCGGGGAGUGACUGGCACGCAGAAAGGACAAAUUGUAUGGCGCAUUGAACCUGGCCCCUACUUUAUGGAAUCCGAAAUAAAGAUCUGUUUUAAAUACUACCAUGGUGUUAGUGGAGCCCUCCGAGCUACUACUCCAUGUAUCACUGUAAAAAACCCUGCUGUGAUGAUGGGAGUAGAAGGCACGGAUGAAGGUGCUUCUGGAGCCCAGCACUCUAGGAAGUUAGUCAGCUUUACCCUAUCAGAUAUUAGAGCAGCUGGACUUAAAAAAGGCAUGUUCUUCAACCCUGAUCCUUAUCUAAAGAUGUCCAUUCAGCCAGGCAAGAAAAGUACAUUUCCUACUUUUGCUCAUCAUGGCCAGGAGAGAAGGUCGACUAUCAUCAGUAACACGACUAAUCCUGUUUGGCACAGAGAGAAAUAUUCUUUUGUUGCACUUCUAACGGAUGUCCUGGAAAUUGAGGUUAAAGACAAAUUUGCCAAGAGCCGUCCGAUCAUCAAGCGCUUUCUUGGGAAGUUAACCAUACCAGUCCAGAGACUAUUGGAGAGACAUGCAAUUGGAGACCAGGUUCUCAGCUAUAAUCUUGGCAGAAGGCUCCCAGCUGAUCACGUUAGUGGGUAUCUCCAAUUCAAAGUGGAAAUCACGUCUUCUGUUCACGAAGAUGCUUCACCAGAAACAGUUGGCACUUUGCUAGGAACAAACUCUGUAAAUGGAGACUUGGGGAGCCCCUCUGAUGAUGAGGACAUGCCAGCAGGACAUGAUACUUCCACAGUGUGUUCCAAUGGUCCAGUGUUUGAGGAAUCUUCUGGAGAUGCAAUCCUAAGGCACUCUUUAAGGACUAGUAGGACUCUGGAAAACGACCAGGACGAGCUGACCUCUGGUGCUUCAAGAUCAUCACCUACCAGAGGUCGCCAGGACUCACUAAAUGAUUAUCUGGAUGCAAUAGAACACAAUAACCAUCCCAGACCAGGGACAUCUGCCUGUGGUGAGCGACCACGUGGAGCCUCCCCAAAACUGAGGAGUAGUUUCCCUACUGACACUAGACUUAAUGCUAUGCUUCACAUUGACUCAGAUGAAGAGGAGCAUGAGCUACAUCAAGACCUGGGUUUUCCGUCUUCCUUGGAAGACGAUGGUGGUUUAGUAAUGCUUAAUGGUGCUACAAGAAAUGUUGAAAGAAAUGGUGUGAGUUCCUCAUCAGAUCAGGUAGUGCAAGGGCCUGCAGAGAAUGAAAGCAUUUCAGCCUCUGAUGCUCCUUUGCCAUCAGCUGAUGACCAGCAAGAGACUCUCCCAGAGCUUCUGCCGUCACAGUCGGCAGGACCUGAAAGCCUUCCAGAUUCCCAAACCGAAGCACCAGCAGAGCAGGCUGGCAGCGAGUCGUGUGCCGCUCAGGAGGCAGAGCAGCCUCCCAGCACUGCGGACACGGGAGCUGCUGAUGCCGCUGGUGGGAGCAGAAGGGGUGUUAGUGAAACGGAGUCCACUGAUCAAGGGUCUGAACCUUCCCAGCUGUCAUCAGAAACCGAGCAGAGUGACCCUGCUCGCACAGAAAGCGUCAGCGAGGCCAGUACCCGGCCGGAAGGGGAGAGUGACGUGGAAGGGGCAGACAGCUCCUGCAACGAGAGCGCGACUGUGCGGCGUUCCUCGGUUGAAAUGCGGUGUUCUUCCUGUGAGAGUGCCAGGUUCCCUGAGACUCCAGCCUUUUCUUCUCAGGAGGAGGAAGAGGGAGCUUGUGCCACUGAUGCAGCUAGAGCUGAGCCAGGUGCUGAAACACAGGACUCUGCAAGUGCUUCUGGUUCUCUGCCUGCGGUACAGUUACCUCAGGAGGAAGUACAGGAGGCUGAGGCAGGUGAACUGCAAGACCAAGAGGAAGCAGAAGAAAUCUGGCAAAGAAGAAGAAGCCUGCAGGCAGCAGCUGCCCACAGCCAGUCUCAGGAGGAAGAACCUGAAGGAGCCACAGCAGCUUGUGAGGGUGCCACAGCACAGCUUGAAGGAGCUACUGGAGGUUCUCCCGCCAAUGGCCAUCAGCCCUUGAGGUCUCUGCCUUCGGUACGUCAGGAUGUUAGCCGGUACCAGAGAGUGGAUGAGGCUCUACCACCAAACUGGGAGGCUCGAAUUGACAGCCACGGACGGAUUUUUUACGUGGACCACGUGAACAGGACAACGACAUGGCAGCGACCCACAGCCCCCCCAGCCCCCCAGAUUCUCCAGAGGUCAAAUUCCAUACAGCAGAUGGAACAGCUGAAUCGCCGGUACCAGAGCAUCCGAAGAACAAUGACUAAUGAAAGGCCUGAAGAGCAUACAAAUGCUGUGGAUGGAGCUACAGAGGAAGCUGACUUUCACCAUUCUAAUGCAGAUUUUCGAAGAGAGAAUGUGCUGCCUCACUCUACCUCCAGAUCCAGACUUACUUUAUUGCUCCAGUCUCCCCCUGUGAAAUUCCUCAUCAGCCCAGAGUUCUUUACAGUGCUGCAUUCUAACCCUAGUGCCUACCGCAUGUUUACAAAUAACACGUGUUUGAAGCACAUGAUCACCAAAGUCCGGCGGGACACCCACCAUUUCGAGCGCUACCAGCAUAAUCGUGACUUGGUGGGAUUCCUCAACAUGUUUGCUAACAAACAGCUGGAGCUGCCCAGAGGUUGGGAAAUGAAACACGACCAUCAGGGCAAGGCUUUCUUUGUUGACCACAAUUCCCGCACCACGACGUUCAUCGACCCCCGGCUCCCCUUGCAGAGUAGCAGGCCCACUAGUGCGUUAGUCCAUCGGCAGCACUUAACCAGACAACGCAGCCACAGUGCUGGUGAGGUCGGAGAGGACUCCCGUCAUUCGGGACCACCCGUUUUGCCAAGACCGUCUAGCACGUUUAAUACAGUCAGCAGAGCUCAGUACCAGGAUGUGGUUCCAGUGGCUUACAAUGACAAGAUUGUUGCAUUUUUGCGGCAGCCCAAUAUCUUUGAAAUUCUACAAGAGCGUCAACCAGAUCUUACCAGGAAUCAUUCACUCAGGGAGAAGAUCCAGUUCAUCCGGACAGAGGGAACACCUGGGUUGGUGCGUUUAUCCAGCGAUGCAGACCUUGUCAUGUUACUCAGCUUGUUUGAGGAGGAGAUAAUGUCAUAUGUGCCGCCACAUGCCUUACUUCAUCCUAGUUAUUGCCAGUCCCCAAGAGGCUCGCCGGUGUCUUCGCCUCAGAACUCUCCAGGUACCCAGCGUGCCAAUGCCCGAGCUCCAGCUCCGUACAAAAGAGAUUUUGAAGCCAAGCUGAGGAACUUUUACAGGAAGUUGGAGACUAAAGGAUAUGGACAAGGUCCAGGGAAACUGAAAUUAAUCAUCCGGAGAGAUCACUUGCUAGAAGAUGCCUUUAACCAGAUCAUGGGCUACUCAAGAAAAGACCUGCAGAGAAAUAAACUCUAUGUCACGUUUGUUGGGGAAGAAGGGUUGGACUACAGUGGACCAUCAAGAGAGUUUUUUUUCCUGGUGUCCAGAGAGCUCUUCAAUCCGUAUUAUGGUUUGUUUGAAUAUUCAGCCAACGAUACCUAUACAGUACAAAUAAGUCCCAUGUCUGCUUUUGUAGACAAUCACCAUGAGUGGUUCAGGUUUAGUGGUCGGAUUCUUGGUCUUGCUCUGAUACAUCAGUAUUUGCUGGAUGCCUUUUUUACAAGACCUUUUUAUAAAGCCCUCCUCCGAAUACUCUGUGACCUGAGUGACCUGGAAUAUCUCGACGAGGAGUUUCACCAGAGUUUGCAGUGGAUGAAAGACAAUGAUAUACACGAUAUCCUAGAUCUUACAUUUACUGUAAAUGAAGAGGUUUUUGGACAGAUCACAGAACGGGAACUAAAACCAGGAGGUGCCAACAUCCCAGUCACUGAAAAGAACAAGAAAGAAUACAUAGAAAGAAUGGUGAAAUGGAGAAUUGAGAGAGGAGUUGUACAACAAACAGAAAGUCUAGUUCGUGGUUUCUAUGAGGUGGUUGAUGCAAGGCUGGUGUCUGUAUUUGAUGCCAGAGAACUGGAACUGGUUAUAGCUGGAACAGCAGAAAUUGACUUGAGUGAUUGGAGAAAUAAUACAGAGUACAGAGGAGGUUAUCAUGACAAUCACAUUGUAAUUCGGUGGUUCUGGGCUGCUGUGGAAAGGUUCAAUAAUGAACAACGACUAAGACUUUUACAGUUUGUGACAGGCACGUCCAGCAUUCCUUAUGAAGGAUUUGCCUCUCUGCGGGGGAGCAAUGGUCCAAGACGGUUCUGCGUGGAGAAGUGGGGGAAGAUCACUGCUCUUCCAAGGGCUCACACUUGUUUCAAUCGUCUGGACCUCCCCCCUUACCCAUCAUUCUCUAUGUUAUAUGAAAAACUGUUGACAGCAGUUGAAGAGACAAGUACUUUUGGACUGGAGUGAUACACAAACCACAGUGCCCAGCUCAUUGGACUUUUGUGGAUCUGUCUUCUCAAGGAAUGAAUGAACUUUUGUAUUGGAUUUCCUAGAGGAAAAUUGUUUCAUGGUGCAAUUCAAAUAAUGAGGUUCCACGAAAGAGCUUACGAAGCAAUUAAAAAGCGUUGUGGUAGUGGCAGAAUUCUCUACAGUGAAACUAGAGUGUGCCUGAUGUGCAGGGAGAACCAAGUCUUGCAAUCCAUGGUUUUUCCACGCUUCUUUAAUUUAUGUUCUGAGCAAACAAGAAACGUGAUGCCAUGUUGUGAUCAAUCUGGCUACUGCAAAACUGACAUGUACCCAAACACUGGAUUUCAUCAAAGUUGUUGAAUAGAAAAUUCAAGUCAAAAUGUGAAAUCAUUCAGCCCCUUAUCUACCCAGUAAAUUAUAAAAGAAAAAGCAUACAAACUAAUUAUUUUUUUUUAAAUUCAUGAAGGUACAUUACUUUAUGCCAUAUUUUGUAAAAGCAUAUCCAGCACUUGCUUACCUAAGACUACGAGUGCCUGCAUGGGGUGCACCAUAGAGCUCAAGUUCCUGGGGCAGAAGUGAAUUGGAAGGCAAGUCAGCAACAAAGGACGUAACAACAGCUUGCAUUAAGGAGGUUUGUGGAAAUGCAUUUGCCAGUGGUGUGUAUGACAAAAUAUGAGCUGUUACAAUGAACUUAAUAACUUAAUGAGACUGAUUUUGUGCUUUAUACUGCAUGGAAACUAUUUUAAGAAGAAACUAGCAAUUUAUCACAUCAUAUCAGGAAAAAAC